AUGUUGAACAAGAACAUUCUGCUGUUGGCUCUUCAGAUAAGUCUCCUAGGAACCAGUCUUGGUGGGAAUGUUUUGAUUUGGCCAAUGGAAGGUAGUCAUUGGCUAAAUGUUAAGAUAAUUGUAGAUGAGCUAAUUAAAAAAGAGCAUAAUGUGUCUGUCCUAGUUGCUUCUGGUGCACUUUUCAUCACGCUGACCUCUAACCCAUCUCUGAUAUUUGAAAUAUAUAAGGUGCCCUUUGGCAAAGAAAGAAUAGAAGGAUUGAUCAAGGACUUUGUUAUGACACGGAUGGAAAAUAGACCAUCUCCUUUAACAAUUUGGAGAUUCUAUCAGGAGAUGGCCAAAGUCAUCAAGGACUUCCAUAUGGUGGCUAGAGAAGUCUGUGAUGGUGUUCUCAAAAACCAAAAUCUAAUGGAAAAGCUGAAGAAAAGCAAAUUUGAGGUCUUGGUAUCAGAUCCAGUAUUUCCUUGUGGUGAUAUAAUAGCUUUAAAACUGAGAAUUCCAUUUAUAUACUCCUUGAGGUUUUCUCCAGCCUCAACAGUGGAAAAACACUGUGGGAAGGUACCAUACCCUCCUUCCUAUGUUCCUGCUAUUUUAUCAGAACUUACUGACCAGAUGUCUUUCACUGACAGAAUAAGAAAUUUCAUUUCCUACCAUCUACAGGACUACAUGUUUAAUAUGCUUUGGAAAUCAUGGGAUUCCUACUAUAGUAAAGAUUUGGGAAAACGUACCACAUUAUGUGAAAUGGUGGGGAAAGCUGAAAUGUGGUUUAUUCGAACAUACUGGGAUUUUGAAUUUCCAUUCCCUUACUUACCUAACAUUGAAUUUGUUGGAGGACUGCACUGCAAGCCUGCAAAACCCCUACCUAAGGAGUUAGAAGAGUUUGUUCAAAGCUCUGGAAAAGAUGGAGUUGUGGUGUUUACUCUGGGGUCAAUGAUCAAAAACCUCACAGAAGAAAAGUCUAAUGUGAUUGCAUCAGCCCUUGCCCAGAUUCCUCAGAAGGUCCUAUGGAGACACACAGGAAAGAAACCAGAAACUUUAGGAGCCAAUACCCGACUAUAUGAGUGGAUUCCACAGAAUGAUCUUCUUGGUCAUCCCAAAACCAGAGCUUUUAUUACUCACUGUGGAACCAAUGGGAUCUAUGAAGCUAUUUACCAUGGGGUCCCUAUGGUGGGAAUUCCCCUGUUUGGUGAUCAGCAUGAUAAUAUUGCUCGUAUGAAAGCCAAAGGGGCAGCUGUUGAAGUAGACUUGCAAAGAAUGACAAGUUCCGAUCUGCUUAACACUUUGAAAGCAGUUAUUAACAACCCUUCCUAUAAAGAGAAUGCUAUGAAGUUAUCAAGAAUUCACCACGAUCAGCCUAUGAAGCCCCUGGACCGAGCAGUCUUCUGGAUUGAGUUCAUCAUGCGCCACAAAGGAGCCAAACACCUUCGGCCAGCCAUCCACAACCUCACCUGGUACCAGUACAAUUCUUUGGAUGUGACUGGGUUCCUGCUAGCAUGCGUGGCAACUUUUAUAUUCCUGGUCACUAAAUGUUGCCUGUUUUGUUACUGCAAGUUUGGUAAAACUGCAAAGAAGAAAAAGAAAGAGUAGUGGUUUUUUGUUUUUUUUAACAGUUGGGCUGGAAACCUUGAUAAGGUCCAUCAGAAUUAAUGCAGCCACUGAUUUGAACAGAUUCCUCUCCUACUCUCCUGGGUUCUUAUCCAUUCCUCAGCUUAUCGAGUCAAAGUUCAAAGACUCACCCCCAAAAUGUGCCACAUGAUUUAGAAUUAAGGUUUAAAAUAAUCUAUUCUUUAAAAAGAGAGGAUAAACAAAUAAACACAUGGAAGUUGCUACCA